AUUUGAAUUACUGCAUUUUCUAUUCAAGACCAUUUUUUAUAAUGGAAAUUUACAGUCUAUAAAAAGAAAAAAAGAAAAAAAGAAUCCCCUCAAAAGCCUGACACCAUGUUAUUGCCAAAUGUCAUUAUAGUGUUCUUCAUUCUUGGAAUUUCCAGUUCAGCUGCUGUGGAGUUCAAUUCAAUAGCCGAAAAUGAAGAUGCUCUCCUGAGAAAUUUAUUCCAGAGUUAUCAGAAAUGGAUUCGUCCUGUGGUCAAUUCUAAUGACACCAUAAAAGUCUAUUUUGGUUUAAAAAUCUCUCAAUUAGUGGAUGUGGAUGAAAAAAAUCAGCUGAUGACAACAAAUGUUUGGCUGAAACAGGAAUGGAUGGAUCAUAAAUUACGCUGGGACCCUGAUGAAUAUGGAGGAAUCAAGUCCAUUAAAGUUCCAUCGGAAUCUCUUUGGCUUCCAGACAUUGUUCUCUUUGAAAAUGCCGACGGACGUUUCGAAGGCUCACUAAUGACAAAAGUCAUAGUGAAGUAUAAUGGAUCAAUCACCUGGACUCCUCCAGCCAGUUAUAAAAGCUCCUGCACUAUGGAUGUAACAUUUUUCCCAUUUGACAGACAGAAUUGUUCAAUGAAGUUUGGAUCCUGGACUUAUGACGGUAAUAUGGUGGACUUGAUUUUGAUAGAUGAGAAUGUUGAUAGAAAAGACUUCUUUGAUAAUGGAGAAUGGGAAAUUCUAAAUGCAAAAGGGAUGGUAGGAAAGAGAAGAGAUGGUUUGUAUUCUUAUCCAUUUAUUACGUAUUCCUUCGUCCUGAGACGCUUACCUUUGUUCUACACUCUUUUUCUGAUUGUCCCAUGCCUUGGGUUAUCUUUCCUGACCGUCCUUGUAUUCUACCUGCCUUCUGAUGAAGGAGAAAAGCUUUCUUUAUCGACAUCCGUUUUAGUUUCCCUGACCGUUUUCCUUCUAGUAAUUGAAGAAAUAAUUCCAUCUUCUUCAAAAGUCAUCCCUCUGAUUGGAGAAUACCUACUGUUCAUUAUGAUUUUUGUAACCCUGUCAAUCAUCGUUACGGUUUUUGUUAUCAACGUUCAUCACCGUUCAUCUUCAACUUACCACCCGAUGGCCCCUUGGGUUAAAAGACUGUUUCUUCAGAAACUUCCUCGACUACUUUGUAUGAAAGGUCACGUUGACCGCUAUUCUUUCCCAGACCCUGGUGAAAACCUCCCAUCUGCAAAAGCUAAAGUCUCAGAAAAGCAGAAACAGAGACAAAUUAAAGAAGGAGAAAAAGUCUUAUUGGCCUUUUUGGAAAAGGCUGCUGACUCCAUUAGGUACAUCUCAAGGCACGUGAAGAAAGAACAUUUCAUCAACCAGGUAGUCCAGGAUUGGAAAUUUGUAGCGCAAGUCCUGGAUCGUAUCUUCCUUUGGCUAUUUUUGUUGGUCUCUGUAGUUGGUUCAGUCCUGAUAUUCACCCCUGCAUUACAGAUGUGGUUAAGCAGUUAUCAGUAGAAACAAAUUGUCAGUGCUACAGUGAUGAACAGUGCUACAGUAAUGAAAUGAUACAUUAAGAUUGGUUAUCGAUUUAGUAUAUUAGCAGGGACAGACUCUAGACUGUGAACCCCAUGGGGGAAAGGGACUGCAUCCAACUUGA